AGUAGAGCUGGUUGCUCUGUAGCCAUGACAACGUAAACACUUAAGCGCUAACUUUUUGUCACUAACAACACCGAUAUUUCGCAGAAAGAAGCAUAUCGUUUUAGAGCAACGCUACAAAUACAAAUAUUCAAAACUUGCUAUAGAAGAGUACAAUGAUUGAUCAAGCCAACUCUCUCCUGAAAUAUAACAAGCCAGUUUUGGUCAACAAAACUCCGGGCACCAAAUCACCAAAGGGGCGUCCUUUGAAAGUGAGUCCUCAGCAGCCUGUGGACUCUAACCCUGUUCCACCACCUCCUAAACUCAAAUCAGACCUCAGUGAGACCAGCAGACAGGAAAAUGAGGGGAUCUUGAAUACCAUUUUGCCACCCAGGGUAUGGACGGAGGAGAACCAAAUGUGGGUGCAGCAUGUGUCCAAUACACCUUGUACGAGGCUAGAUGUUGUGCGCUUGGAGGAGAUGCUGGACAGAAAGCUGCAGGAAGAGCAGGCCAGAGAAACAGGCAUCUGCCCUGUCCGCAGGGAGCUCUACUCCCAGUGCUUUGAUGAGUUAAUCAGACAGGUGACCAUCAACUGUGCUGAGAGGGGUCUCCUGCUGUUGCGGGUCAGAGAUGAGAUUCAAAUGACUAUAGCUGCCUACAAGACACUGUAUGCAAGCAGCGUGGCUUUUGGCAUGAGGAAAGCACUGCAGGCUGAGCAGAGCAAGACUGACUCGGAAAAUAAAAUUCCUGAGCUGGAAAAAGAGAUACAAGACAUGAAGAAGCAACUGAGUGAACAGAAAGCCAAAUGUGAUGCGAUUGAAAAGAGAGAAAAUGAAAAGCGACAGGUGGAGGAAAAGAAACACUUGGAGGAGAUACAGUUCCUGAAGACAACCAAUCAGGAACUCAAGACCCAGCUGGAAGGCAUCAUCACACAACAGAAAUAACUCAAAAGUAUCUCCAAAAAAAAAACAAGUUGCUAUAUCCUAUUACAGAAUAACAGUCUUUUAGAACAAAAGAUAGAAAUGGAAAAACAAUUAUCACUAUUCUGUUGCUUGGAAUUAGUUUAAAUGAUACAGUAUAUCACACAAUUAGAAAUGUAGUUUUUUCUUCUUCUGAUAACUGAUCAACCAUUAACUGUUCAAUGAAAGGACUGGAAAAUAAACUGCACACCAUGAA